GCGUCGUUACUUUGUUCAGGUUUAUUUCUUCCAGCGGACAGAGGGGAGUUUCCGCAUUCAAGCCCAAACUCAAAGCUUUCUUCGUCGUGGAAAUGGACGGAGAGGAGGACGAUCUAAUGUCCGGGAACCGCUCCGAUGAUGGAGGCGGCACGCCGGUUCAGGAUGAACACCCAGCAUCAGAUGGUGAGGAGAUGAGGAGCGCCGGGCGCCGGUCUGAGGACGAGGGCAGCAACGACGAGGACGACGCCAUGGUGACAGGUGGCGGGGCCAGCGGCUCCGACAACGAGGACUGCCGCAGGGCCGACAGCGACUCGGAGGGCGAGGGCCCUGGGGACCGUGAUGACAAAAGUGACUCUGAGGCGGAAGCGCCGAGGCCCGCCGACAGCGACAAUGAGGAUGGCUCGUCUUCAGUGAAACGCAGGAUGAGCGCGUCCGAGGAGGAGGAGGAGUCGCCAGAGAAACGCAGGACGAGCGGCUCAGACAACGAGGCCUCAUCGCCGCUCAAACGCGGAGCAUCUGACAACGAGGAAGGGGCGUCGCCGCCUCCCAAGCGGAGAGGGAGCAGCUCGGAUGUGGAGGAGCGGCCCAAAGCGGCUGCAGAAAGCGACUCUGACAACGAGGACGCCAAAGCCACGGCGUCCCCUGAGCGCCGCUCCAACGCCGACAGUGACUCUGACACAGAGACACCUGCCAGACGCAAGGCGGCGCAGAUAGACUCGGACGAGGAGGAGAAACAGGAGGAGGAAGGAGGAGGGGAGAAGUGGAAGGGGGUGAUGCAGUCAGACAGCGAGGAGGAGGAAGAGGGAGGGCGGAGGAAAGCUGCAGCAGGAAGUGAUGGAGAGCAGCAGGAGGAAGAGAAGAGGCAGCAGAGAGGCGACAGCGACGAGGACGACGAGAAGCCAGUGAAGAGGAAGAAGGCCAUCCUGUCCGACAGCGAGGACGAGGACGAGGAGAAGGCGGAGAAACCAGUGGCGAAGAGGAGCCGGGCGGUGUCGGACGAUGAGAACUCGGACAGCGACGCUGACUUCGGGGGUCCCGACAAAAGUCUGGCAGCCAAACUAAAAGAGCUCGGCUCAGACAGCGAGAGCGAGGAGGACGACCGAGCGAAGGCGGCGGGGAACAAGGAUGAGAAAGCGCUGUUUGGCAGCGACAGCGACUCCGGAGAAGACCAGGAGGAGAAGAUGAUCGCAGACAUCUUUGGCGAGUCUGGAGAUGAGGAGGAGGAGGAGUUCACGGGUUUCAACCAGGAGGACCUGGAGGGCGACGGUAAGGCGAAGCAGAAGGUGCAGGCGGAGGAGGAGGAGUCAGACUCUGACGAGGGCAUUGACCGCAGCGGCCAAGACACUAGCAUGAUGUCGGACUUCGACAUCAUGCUCGCCCGGAGGAAAGCCAUGAACAGCAAGAAGAGGCGGCACCGCGAUGGAGGCACGUUCAUCAGCGACGCCGACGACGUGGUCAACGCCAUGAUCACCAAGAUGAACGAGGCUGCCGAGGAAGAUCGAGCUCUGAACAGCCAGAAGAAACCAGCGCUGAAGAAGCUCAUGCUGCUGCCGCAGGUCGUCAUGCACCUGAAGAAGCAGGACUUGAAGGAGACGUUCAUCGACAGCGGCGUGAUGUCGGCCAUUAAAGAGUGGAUCAGCCCUCUUCCUGACAAAUCUCUGCCCGCUCUCAGGAUCAGAGAGGAGCUGCUCAGGAUACUGCAGGAGCUACCCAGCGUGAGUCAGGAGACGCUGAAGCACAGCGGCAUCGGGCGGGCCGUCAUGUUCCUGUACAAACAUCCCAAAGAGUCUCGAGCCAACAAAGACCUCGCUCUCAAACUCAUCAACGAGUGGUCGCGGCCGAUCUUCGGUCUGACGUCAAACUAUAAGGGGAUGACGAGAGAAGAGCGGCAGCAGAGAGAUCUGGAUCAGCAGAUGCCUCAGAGACGGCGCCUAAGUUCUGGAGGUCAGACGCCUCGCAGAGACCUGGAGAAGCAGCUGACCGGAGAGGAGAAAGCUCUGCGGCCCGGAGACCCCGGGUUCUGCGCCCGGGCUCGAGUCCCAAUGCCCUCGAACAAAGACUACGUGGUUCGACCCAAAUGGAACGUGGAGGUGGACUCCAGCAGGGGUCCGGUGAGGAAGAGUUUGUCCCGUGUUGAUAAACAGAUGCGUAGAUUUGCUGACAUCCGGCGCCUGACGAAGACGGGUCACGCUGUUAAAAUCAGCGUGGAAGGCAAUCGAAUGCCGCUCUGAUUUGUUUAUGUUUUUUCUGCUCUAAACUCAGUAGGAUUUAUCGUUUUUACUUUUUAAUGUUUUGUUUCUGAACAAACCCGCAGCUUUGCCCUCCUCAGGUCCAGCUCUGCCUUACUGAAUAAAGGGGCUGAGGUCAGACCAUGUUGGCUUCAGUCCAAAUGUGUUAUCUGCUGUAAACCUGUCUGUUCUCUGAACAAAACACAUGAAAUACUCCAAAAUGAUCCAAAAAUAACGUUUCCUAAUGCUAACAGUCAGUUUAAUUAUUCGCUUUAUUAUUUAACUUGUGUUAGCAGUUAGCUUGAUUAGCUUGACCCAAAAAUCAACUAUAGUUACAGUGUUAACCAAUAUUGGCAUCAAAUAGUAUUUUCUUUUUUUUGUUCAUUAUUGGCAAUAUUGGAAGCAUUUUUAUCUUAUAGUCUAAAAUGUUAGCGAGUGUUGGCAUUUAUUCUAAGAUGAAGCUGUUACAUUUGAUGUCUUAUCAAAAGCUGAGUCACGUUAGCAGUCAUCUACAUUUGCUAUGCUACAGAGCUAAUAAAAUGUGUAAAAAUAGCUUACUAUUUUAGCUUUAUCUCAGCUCUGAGUGAGUUGACUUGAGUCUAAAGCUAGCGUAACAAAAAUUACGAUGUUAUUGUUAGCAAUCUAUAUUAGCUUUGUCUAAAAAAACCCCCAAAAGGUGUAGCAAUAGCUUAUAUUAGCUAGCUAUGUUAACCUUAGUCAAAACUAUUAAGGUCUGUAUUAUUAGCUUAUGUUAGCAUUAGCUAUAAAACAACUGGAUCCCUAAACUUGGAUGCUAGCUUUAUAUUAGCUUUACCCCCAAGCCUGCUAAGCCAACAUUCAUGUUUAUCUAUAUGUUAACAGUGAAUAUUGAACUAUGGCCAUAUAUUAUUAUCAGCCCUGUCACUUUACUUUCUUGUGUUCUUUUAAGUAUUGGGUUGAGUUAGUGAUCACAUGUUUUGAAGUAACCCUUAAUGGUUUCUAGCUAUCAAUAAUGCAGAUAUCAGUAAUUUAAGCUAAUGCUAUAGACCUUAAUAGUUCUAAGGAAUGGUUAACAUAGGUGACUGUGACGGCUUCAAAGUGAAACUAACAUCAAAGCCGUUUUAGUUUUAUUAACUGGCUGUUUUGGUAGCUAGCAUUGAGCUAUAUCAGGAAAAACAAAUUAAUUACACAAAGACUAUCAUAUUAGCUAAUGUUGGGUUCACCUCAAAGCUGACAGCUAUUUUUAGCAGUCAGCAAAUUAGACUGUUAUUAUCUUAGCUGGUUUGGAGGUGAAGCUAAUUUUAUUUAUAUUUAUCUCUUAGCCCAGUUUUGGAAGUUAGCAUGUUAGCACUGACCUGAGGUAAAGCUGAUUUAACAAAGGCAUUGAUUUUUGCUGGUAGCAUUGCAGCUAAAAUGUUGAUUUUAAGCAUAUGAGCAUUUUGGCUCACAUUAGCGUUAUCUCAUCUGACUUACAUGGCUGUGUUCUUAACAAUAGCUAAUAUUAGCUGUGAGCUAGCAUUGUCCUAAACAUCUGUAUUCUUAUGUAAGCUUCAAGCUAUUUGCCUACGUUUAAAGACUAAACUGCUCUGUGGUAUUCGCUUGUAUUAGUAGUUAGCUUUCUUUCUUUCUAAAUAUAUUUUGAAAACGCUUGAAUAAGUAAACUGCCAUGCGCUGACAGAGUUGCUGGGUUAAAGAUGAACGUCUUGCGUAAUUAGGGGAUCAUUUUGGAGUUUCUUGUCCAGAGUACAUUCAAGUUCUCUGGUUUGGAUUUGAGGGUGAAGUCUCGUCUGUGCUCUCCGUCUCUGAAUGUGAAGGUGUUUGUAUUUUGCUGAUAGUCCGGUCCAUUAUGUCCCUUCUCUGCUCCCAUAGCAGCUGUACAGAAGUCCUUGGUGGAUGAGUUCACACAGGAAAUGCUGGGACUCUGAUUGAUCCAGAUCAUCCGUGGACUGUGUGAACCAGCCGUUCUGUGUGCACUGUUCUGGAUCACAUGAUCUUUUUCGUAAUAAAGACUCAACAGAAACUCA